UCCGUGUUUAAGUGUAGCCGUGAGGAGGAGAGAAGUGGAGAGCGGGACCUGGCCAGCAGGGAUGUGGAAUUUGAAACAUUUUCUGAUUACUGGCCAGACACUGUUUACACCACAGACAAGCCGUGACAUCAGAAAGGGGAGACCUUAUAAAAGGGAGUGUGCUCAGAGCCAGCCAGUGAGCAAACAGCAGAACUUGUAGCUCAGCAUACUGCGUUGAGACAGUGGGAUGGACAAAAAAGUGCAAAACACAUACACUCUGCUGGCACAGGCACUACUGUUGUACCUGUGUUCCCAGGUAUUCUGUCAACAGUGCUCCAGGUCGUGCCAGUGUCCCAGCUCUGUACCAGCCUGCCCUGAUGGCGUUUCUCUCGUUCUGGACGGAUGUGGGUGCUGCAAAAUCUGUGCACGCCAGAAGGGUGAAGCCUGCACUGACAUACUUGUGUGUGACAGGCAGAAGGGUCUGGAAUGCGACUACAGCGCCAGCUUCCCUGGAGAUCCAGGAGAGUGUGACGGUCAGGAAGAGUUGGGUUGUGAGCUGAAUGGCAUCUCAUAUGUGGAUGGUGAGGUUUUCCAGCCGUCCUGCCGCACCCAGUGCAAAUGUGCAGGUGGAGGAGUGACCUGUGUGCCCCUGUGCCCUGAAGAUGUCCGUCUGCCCAGCACAGACUGCCCAUAUCCUCAAAGGGUCCAAAUGCCAGGAAAGUGCUGUAAGGAGUGGGUGUGUGAGACCUCGGACAACAGUGUGCAACAGGAUGUUCCAACAGCUUACAAUGAAGUCCAACUGUUGCCUGCACUUCCUGGGUACCAAGUGAGUCCCAGCUUUAACUGUAUAUAUCAGAGCACGGAGUGGAGUGCCUGCUCACGUACGUGCGGCCCGGGGAUCUCCACACGUGUGAGCAACCAGAACGCGGCCUGUAGACUUGAGCAACAGAUGAGACUGUGUAUGAUCCGACCAUGCCAGGCUUUGCCACUUCAAACACCAGUGUGGCCAAGGACGUGCCAGCUGAGCUACAGGCCGAAUGUUCCCACACGCCUGCUCCAUCAAGGAUGCUACAGCACACAACUUUACCGUCCACGUUACUGUGGCCUCUGCACUGACGGUCGAUGUUGCACACCAUAUCUGACCCACACGGUCCCAGUCACCUUCCGUUGCCCAGGGGGCCGCCUCUUCCACCAAGCUGUCAUGAUAAUUAGGUCCUGUGUUUGUCAUUACAACUGCCCCAAAAGGAAGCUUGGUCUGUUGGGAUAGAGACUCUCAUGCACUGAUUCACACAAAGCCCAGUUUGAAGCCUAGAAAGAAUAGCACUUUGCACAUACCACAGUAUUUUUAUAUAUUUUUAAAUCCUGGCCCACUGGGUCUGUGUUAUACAGGAGACUUCUUUCUUGCUUUUCUCCUUGUGAACUCUUUCAUCAACUCCGCCAGGGUCCAGCUUUUUUAACAAGCUCCAGCUCAACGGCUAGCACUGACAGCAUGUUGAGUCUUCUUUAGCCAAUGUUUGUUCAGAAUUUGCUUUUAAUUCGAGCCAUUUGGCAAAAUUGUCAUUCUUUGGCUUCUCUCUUCUUUUCAUCAACACCCUGAAUGUGGGUGUACUAUGUUUUUUUGCAUUUUUUGCAUUUAGUUAGGAUUUAAAUGAAUGCUCCUUGGGUCCAAAUUCAGACCUACACACUAAUAAUAUUUCAGAAUAGAUUUACAUAGAUUCUGUAAGCUCACUGCUGUGGCACAGUGUAAUGGCUAAUCAGUCUAAUCACUCAGUUCAAAUCUAUGCUUGUUGGAGACCACGUCGUUAGCAGAGCCUUGGCAUCUGCUUAAUAACCCCAGUCUCUGAUCCCUACAGGUACAUUAUGUAAUAUCAUAUAACAAGCUUGCAAUUACACUUAGAUUUCUUGUAGCAUUGGUUGAGUAGCGGGCUAGCCUGAUUCUUCACUUAUAGCCUGUGUAUAUAAAAUUUGUCUUUUUUUUAAUGUGAUCAGAAUUUCAUAUAUUUCUGAAUUUGAGAAGCAAAGAGAAGCCAGAUUCAGUUACUCAUCUCUCUUAGGUUUAUAUGAUGGCAGCUAUUAGUCUUGAGCGCUUACAGCUUCCUAUGUAAUUUAAUUUCAAUCACCACUCGUCCCCAGACAGAAAAAGUUAUCUUAUCUUAUGAUGGUUUCCUGUACCUUUCCAUUUUUUCUAUCAAUUCAAUUUUAAUAUUACUAAACCAAUGACGAUAUAAAUCUCAUUUUAGAGACACUUACAUCCAGGCAGCCACAUGAAUAAGUGCUUGUAUAACCUUGUAAAGAGACACCAACUGUUGAGUUGCAAGACUCAUGAUUUUCCUCAUGUAAUUUGCUGUACAUAUUUGUAAAUGCACUUAUUACAUUAUAUAUAUGUUGGUUUAUAAUUUAUGUGUCCUCAAGACAUUAUAGAUUGCUUGUCUGAGUCAAAUCAAGCUUUAUAUUAUUUCUUUCUUCUUGAAACCGUGCGAUAAGAUCAAUGCACAAUAUAGUCAUACAAAUGUACUGACCAUUAUACACCAAUCUCAACUCAGCUCGGUUCAAUCAGCUUCACGAAGGCU